CUUAUCAGUUAACAUAUAAAUAAUGUGUUGGCACCUUAACUACCUUGGCUUACAUAUAUAAAAUGAGGGACUUAAUUUCAGUUUUAAAUUUAGUUUUCUGUCUGUUUUUUACCUUGGGAUUGGUUGAUGUGCAAAGCCAGAUGAUUGCUGUCUGUCCGGACUACUCAGUUAGCUACCACGGCUCUUGUUACAUCUUUGGGUUCGGCCAGACGAUGCUUGUUCACCAGGCAGACAAAUUCUGUCGAGACAACCAUGACGGACAUGUGGUAGAAGUUAACACAAGAAAUGAAAGCUCCUUCUUAAAGAACUACAUGAACCGUCUGCCAAGAACAGAAAAUUACUGGCUCGGAAUGACAGACGAAAGAACUGAACAUGAAUGGCGUUGGUUUAAUACUGACACCCAGGUGUCUGUGUUUGACUGGUCACCUGGCGAUCCGGAUAAUGUGCCUACAGACGAGGAUUGUGCUAUUUUCUGGAGUGACGCUGGCUAUAAGUGGGCGGAUGUACCAUGCAGUACUUUUAAGGCUGAACCCGUCUGUGAAUUAAGUUUGUUGGAUGAAACAGAAAUAAUUGGAUGACUCUCCUGAUAAAGAAGCGUAUGCCGUAUAUUAAAAUGUAUUGUCCCAAAUAUUUUAAAAUGGCUAAAUGUUUAAAUAAAUGUUUGGGAAGAAAAAAA